CCCCGCUCCCGAGCAGCGGCGCUCCCCGAGUCAACUUUCAGUCCCCCCCUUUGCUUCUGCCUCGCCAUUCUCUUCUCCUGGAAACAUGGCUGUUUGGAGAAGGGGGAGAAGUUAGGGGGUCGCCGGCGCGGGGCGGAGGAGGGCGCGACAGGCUCAGCCCGAGCGGACGGAGGUAUCUCUUCUACCAACUCCUUUCAGCAGACAUUACCAGCUGAAGGAAGACAGCUGUGAGUCCAAAUCCCAGCCCAUCAGUACUCCUGAUUCCCAUGAUGAGCUCACCAGUACAAUCCGGACCUGUAACGAUGCUUUUGUGAAUGUCACUGCAAACUGAUGUCUAUAGCUCUUCCUACAUUGAUGAGAAAGAACAUCAUUUCCAGAAUUAUAUUCAUUCUAUAUAUGGCACGAAACUCCUGGAUCCACUGUCUUUUUAGAAGCCAAGAGAAGGUUUAGAACAAGGUAUUUUGGAAUCAUUGACAAGGACAGAUGAUAUGUGUGGAUACUAUGUCAAGAUUGUCAUGACUCUAAGACAAAGUUUGCAAGGUUUUCAAGCUCUAACAGGUAGAAAUAAACAAAGGUUUUUCCCAGCUAUGUAAUGAAAAAAAUAAAAAACAAAUUGUGAUUGGACAAGACAUUCAAGUAAAGCUAUUUAGAAGGUGCAAAUAAAGAGCCUGGAGCCAUAUCUGGAUCAACAAGAAAAUACAUGUGCCCUCCUAACUCUGUGCACCCAGUAGAUGGAAGGCUGGAGUUAGCAAAACAACUUUGAGCUCAGGAAGAGUUUAGUCUGAAAAUUAGGCUGAAUAAAGUUUGCAGCCUUCUGAGCUACUUCUGUAACCAUCACAACUGACAAAACCAUCCAACUGACAUCACCUAACAUCAUACAGCUGUAUGAUCCUGUUACUCUGAAAGGGCAAUGUCUGAAGGAGUUGAAAAUUCAGUAUGACCUGUGAGAGGAGGACCCAAACAUUGUGGAUUAUGAAUCUUAGCUAUUUCUCUCAAAAAGAAAUACACAAUCAUGAAACUACAAGGAAGUCUUGAAGGUGCCUAUGCAAGUAAAGGACCCUCAAGUGAACCUUCAUUAAUUCACAGUAAAUCCACCAAUAACCUCAUAUAUAAACCUGUACCUAUUGAGAAACAGUUUUCAUCAAUUAAAUGGACAGCAGCUGCCAAGUUCCACCUUUCUCUGUCUGCGAUGUAUGGGAAUGAUGUCUUUGAACUAUCACAAAAAUUCAUAAAUGAUAGGCUGGGGAAUCGCAAGGAUGCACAGCAGCAAUGUUGCUUAAGGUGUCACGGAUCCCCCUUUUACCAUCCUUGUGUAAAGGCACCCAGGGCAUCCUUACACUGGUCUAUUUUCCUCAGAGUCCAAAGGAAGAAACAAAAACUGCAGGAGGUUGGAGAGGUGAUGGAUGGGGUGGCUGGACGAGAGCAGCUCUUGGCUCAGCAGAGAAUGCACAGUAUGAUCAGCUCAGUGGAUGUGAAGUCAGAGGUUCCUGUAGGCCUGGAGCCCAUCUCACCUUUAGACCUAAGGACAGAUCUCAGGAUGAUGAUGCCCGUGGUGGAUCCUGUUGUCCGUGAGAAACAACUGCAGCAAGAGCUACUCCUCAUCCAGCAACAGCAGCAAAUCCAGAAGCAGCUCCUGAUUGCAGAGUUUCAGAAACAGCAUGAGAACUUAACCCGGCAGCACCAGGCCCAGCUUCAAGAGCACAUCAAGGAACUUCUAGCCAUAAAACAGCAACAAGAACUCCUAGAAAAGGAGCAGAAACUGGAGCAACAGAGGCAAGAACAGGAAGUAGAGAGGCAUCGCAGAGAACAACAGCUUCCUGCUCUCAGAGGCAAAGAUAGAGGACGAGAAAGGGCAGUGGCAAGUACAGAAGUAAAGCAGAAGCUUCAAGAAUUCCUGUUGAGUAAAUCAGCAACAAAAGACACUCCAACUAAUGGAAAAAAUCAUUCCGUGAGCCGCCAUCCCAAGCUCUGGUACACGGCUGCCCACCACACAUCACUGGAUCAAAGCUCUCCACCCUUGAGUGGAACAUCUCCAUCCUACAAAUACACAUUACCGGGAGCGCAUGAUACAAAGGAUGAUUUUCCCCUUCGAAAAACUGCCUCUGAGCCCAACUUGAAGGUGCGGUCCAGGUUAAAACAGAAAGUGGCAGAGAGGAGAAGCAGCCCCUUACUCAGGCGGAAGGAUGGAAAUGUUGUCACUUCAUUCAAGAAGCGAAUGUUUGAGGUGACAGAAUCCUCAGUCAGUAGCAGUUCUCCUGGAUCUGGGCCCAGUUCACCAAACAAUGGGCCAACUGGAAAUGUUACCGAAAGUGAGACUUCAGUUUUGCCACCUAAUCCUCAUGCUGAGCAGAUAGUUUCACAACGCAUUCUAAUUCAUGAAGAUUCCAUGAACCUGUUAAGUCUUUAUACCUCUCCUUCUUUACCCAACAUUACCUUGGGACUUCCAGCAGUGCCAGCCCAGCUCAAUGCUUCAAGUUCACUCAAAGAAAAACAGAAGUGUGAGACCCAGACACUCAGACAAAGCGUCCCUUUGCCUGGGCAGUAUGGAGGCAGCAUCUCAGCAUCUUCAAGCCAUCCGCAUGUCGCUUUAGAAGGAAAGCCCAACAGCAGCCACCAAGCUCUCCUGCAGCAUUUAUUAUUGAAAGAACAAAUGCGACAACAAAAACUUCUUGUGACUGGUGGAGUUCCCUUACAUCCUCAGUCUCCUUUGGCAACAAAAGAGAGAAUUUCACCUGGCAUUAGAGGUCCUCACAAAUUACCCCGUCACAGACCCCUGAAUCGAACCCAGUCUGCACCUUUGCCUCAGAGCACAUUGGCUCAGUUGGUCAUUCAGCAGCAACACCAGCAAUUUUUGGAGAAGCAGAAGCAAUACCAACAGCAGAUCCACAUGAACAAACUGCUUUCGAAAUCUAUUGAACAACUGAAACAACCAGGCAGUCACCUGGAGGAAGCAGAGGAAGAGCUUCAGGGGGACCAGGCGAUGCAGGAAGACAGAGCGCCCUCUAGUGGCAACAGCACUAGGAGCGACAGCAGUGCUUGUGUGGAUGACACACUGGGACAAGUUGGGGCUGUGAAGGUGAAGGAAGAACCAGUGGACAGUGAUGAAGAUGCUCAGACCCAGGAAAUGGAAUCUGGGGAACAGGCUGCUUUUAUGCAACAGCCCUUCCUGGAGCCCCAGCACACACGUGUGCUCUCAGUGCGCCAAACUCAGCUGGCUGCAGUUGGCAUGGAUGGAUUAGAGAAACAUCAUCUUCUCUCCAGAACUCAUUCCUCCCCUGCUGCCUCCGUUUUACCUCACCCAGCAAUGGACUGCCCCUUCCAGCCUGGCUCUGCAACUGGAAUUGCCUAUGAUCCUCUGAUGCUGAAACACCAGUGCAUUUGUGGCAAUUCUGCCACCCACCCUGAGCACGCUGGACGAAUACAGAGCAUCUGGUCACGGCUGCAAGAAACUGGGCUGCUAAAUAAAUGUGAGCGAAUUCAAGGUCGAAAAGCCAGCCUGGAGGAAAUACAGCUUGUUCAUUCUGAGCAUCAUUCGUUGUUGUACGGCACCAACCCCAUGGAUGGACAGAAACUGGACCCCAGGAUACUGCUAGGUGAUGCUUCUCAAAAGUUUUUUUCUUCAUUACCUUGUGGUGGACUUGGGGUGGACAGUGACACCAUUUGGAAUGAGCUGCACUCGUCCGGUGCUGCACGCAUGGCUGUUGGCUGUGUCAUCGAGCUGGCUUCCAAAGUGGCCUCAGGAGAGCUGAAGAAUGGGUUUGCUGUUGUGAGGCCCCCAGGCCAUCACGCUGAAGAAUCCACAGCCAUGGGGUUCUGCUUUUUUAAUUCAGUUGCAAUUACCGCCAAAUACUUGAGAGACCAACUAAAUAUAAGCAAGAUAUUGAUUGUAGAUCUGGAUGUUCACCAUGGAAACGGUACACAACAGGCAUUUUAUGCUGACCCUAGCAUCCUGUAUAUUUCACUCCAUCGCUAUGAUGAAGGGAACUUUUUCCCUGGCAGUGGAGCCCCAAAUGAGGUUGGAACAGGCCUUGGAGAAGGAUACAAUAUAAAUAUUGCCUGGACAGGUGGUCUUAAUCCCCCCAUGGGAGAUAUUGAGUACCUUGAAGCAUUCAGGACUAUAGUGACACCCGUGGCCCAAGAGUUUGAUCCAGACGUGGUCCUAGUUUCUGCUGGAUUUGAUGCAUUAGAAGGCCAUGCCCCUCCUUUGGGGGGGUACAAAGUGACAGCAAAAUGCUUUGGUCAUUUGACGAAGCAACUGAUGACAUUGGCUGAUGGACAUGUGGUGCUGGCUCUUGAAGGCGGACAUGAUCUCACUGCCAUAUGUGAUGCAUCAGAAGCCUGUGUAAAUGCCCUUCUAGGAAAUAAGCUGGAGCCUCUUGCAGAAGAUAUUCUCCACCAAACCCCGAAUAGGAAUGCUGUUGUUUCUUUACAGAAGAUCAUUGAAAUCCAAAGCAAGUACUGGAAGUCGGUUAGGACGGUGACUGUGCCAAGGGGCUGUGCUCUGGCCGGGGCUCAGUUGCAAGAGGAGACAGAGACCGUUUCUGCCCUGGCCUCCCUGACGGUGGAUGUGGAGCAGCCCUUUGCUCGAGAAGAGAGCAGGUGUGGAGCCAACAUGGGGGAAGCAUCAAGAACUGCUGGUGAGCCUAUGGAAGAGGAGCCAGCCUUGUGAAGUGCCAAGUUCCCCCCACCCCGAUAUUUCCUGUGUGUGACAUCAUUGUGUAUCCCCCCACCGCAGCACCCUCAGACAUGUCUUGUCUGCUGCCUGGGUGGCACAGAUUCGAUGGAACAUAAACACUGGGCACAAAAUUCUGAACAGCAGCUUCACUUGUUCUUUGGAUGGACUUGAAAGGGCAUUAAAGAUUCCUUAAAUGUAACCGCUGUGAUUCUAAAGUUACAGUAAACCACGAUUGGAAGAAACUGUUUCCAGCGUUCUUUUAAUAUUCUGGGUGACCCACUCCCAGGCUCAAAGUAUGAACCAGAAAUAUCCAAAACAGCAUUAAAUACUGUUAAUUGCAGAAGUUAUGACAGCCAGCGAAAUUUUGGGCAAAACCUGAGAAAUAAUCAUUCCUGACAUUCUGAUCAGGUUUUUAUUGGGUAAUUUUUUGUCAGUCUUAAAUUGUUUACAGGAUUUGUUUUCAGGAUGAACAAAUAGCAAUUCCGGACAGAUUGCAGGAUUUUUGUUUUGUUUUGUUUGUUUUUUUGGCCUUUGUUUUAACACACAGUUCAACUCUGGCUAGCAGAGUUCAAAAUGGAGGAGCUGGGAUGAGGGUUUUUUCAGUGGACUAAACCACACUAUAUCACAAAAUCCAAAUGCCAAAGGAACCUCGCACACUCUAUGUAAUGAUGCAAUAUUUUAUGUCACAUUUUGAGAAAAAUUUCCCUAUUUCCUGAGCAUCCCUCUCUCUGUUCUCACACAUGGAGCUUUGCAAUUGUAUUUGAGGAUGAAACCCCCACCCGCCUUCAUACAUCCUUUGUCCUGGUGACAGUAGCUCUGAGCAUAUGUCCCAAAGGGAAUUUUCGGUGUCUUUGAAAAGUGCACAACUUUUCAAAGAUGGUCUUAAUUUGUUCCAAAUCUAUCAAGAAUUUAUUCUCACUUUUCUUUUUCUGCCUGCCAUCAUUUCCUUUCUUGUUCCCUUUCAUCCUUCCUUCCUGUAGAAAAGCUGAAGACUAUCCAUAAUCUCCCCUAUUACACAGAAACUUUGAGGGUUUUUAAAUUAAUUAAUUAAUUUUUUUCU